CCCACACCAAAGCCCCUAGCGCCGUCGGAUCAGAUCCCACUCCACCUCCUCCGCGGCUCCACGCCCUGCCGGCCUCCCGCCGCUCGUUAUAUUCCGCGGCCGGCCGGAUCCACUACUCGUUUUUCGUCUCCCCCCUCCUCUGUCUCUGUCUGCCUGCCCUCCUCCUCGAGCUCCUGAGGGAACAAAGGAAGGAUGGAGCCGGCGACGAUGGCGUGGACGGCGGGGCUGGUGGGCGCCGGGCUGGUCUACUGGUUCGUGUGGGUGAUGGGGGCGGCGGAGGUGAAGGGGAAGCGGGCGGUGGAUCUCAAGAUGGGAUCCAUCACGCGGGACAAGGUGCAGGACAAGUACACGCAGUACUGGUCCUUCUUCCGCCGCCCCAAGGAGACGGCCACCACGCAGGCCUCCGCCGACAAGGUGCCCGCCUUCGUCGACACCUUCUACAACCUCGUCACCGACAUCUACGAGUGGGGCUGGGGCCAGUCCUUCCACUUCUCGCCCUCCCUCCCCGGCCGCUCCCACCGCGACGCCACCCGCGUCCACGAGGAGCGCGUCGCCGACCUGCUCGCCGCCAGGCCGGGCCACCGCGUGCUCGACGUCGGAUGCGGCGUCGGCGGGCCCAUGCGCGCCAUCGCCGCCCACUCCGGCGCCCACGUCGUCGGCAUCACCAUCAACGAGUACCAGGUGAACCGCGCCCGAGCACACAACCGCAAGGCCCGGCUGGACGCGCAGUGCGAGGUGGUGUGCGGCAACUUCAUGGCCAUGCCCUUCGACGACGCCUCCUUCGACGGCGCCUACUCCAUCGAGGCCACCUGCCACGCGCCCCGGCUGCAGGACGUGUACGCCGAGGUGUACCGCGUGCUCAAGCCCGGCCGCCUCUACGUCUCCUACGAGUGGGUCACCACCCCGCUGUUCCGCGCCGACGACCCGGCGCACGUCGAGGCCAUCCACGGCAUCGAGCGCGGCGACGCGCUCCCGGGGCUGCGCCGGCAGGACGAGAUCGCGUCCAUCGCGCAGGAGGUCGGCUUCGAGGUGGUGCAGGAGCUAGACCUGGCGCUGCCCCCGUCGCUGCCCUGGUGGACGCGGCUCAAGAUGGGGCGCCUCGCCUACUGGCGCAACUCCCUGGUGGUCCGCGUGCUCACCCUGCUCCGGAUCGCGCCCAAGGGCGUGGUGGAGGUGCACGAGAUGCUGUACGAGACCGCGCAGCACCUCACGCUCGGCGGCGAGACCGGCAUCUUCUCGCCCAUGCACAUGGUCGUCCUCCGCAAGCCCGCCGACGCCGACGCCGAAGCCGAGGAGAGCAGCAAAUAGAGUGCGAUCAAGGAUCAAACAAACAAGAGGAAGGAACAAGAAAUAAUUUCGAUUUCUAAUGAGAGGUAAGAAUCUAUGAGGAGGACAGGCGUAUUCAUAGCUAAUGGAGCACUAUUGAUUUGGCCUCGGUGCCGAGAGGAAAGAAGAAUAGGAACGGCGGAUGAAGCUUACUGUUUUGGUUGGUAGCUUUCGUUUUCGAUUUUUGGUUGGAGUUUGGACCGCAUGCGUGCGUGAGUGCAGGCUGGAUUCAGAUUUGUUUCUGCUUUGAUCCGUGGAUAGAUCUUUUCCUUCUUCCUUCUUCUAUGUAUCGUCGUCAGCUAUAUUUUGCCCUGAAAAAUCAGAUGGAGGUUGUGCAUGAAA